GCGAAUCACAACUUCGACCUUGCCGGAUUUUCUCAACUGCCAUGGUCGUCCGUGUUCGUCCUAAUUCGCUCGAGUCAUGCACCCUCUGCUAUCAGCGAUCUUGCCACCUCGUACCUUAAAACUGAGAUCUAACAUCUAAGAUCUGGGGGGAAACUCGAAACUUUGACAGAAUCCUCUCAGCAUCUCAAGGAUGAGUCUUUCUUUGGUGAACGUUGUCCUCGGCUCUGGUCCCCAACUCGUUCGAUCGAUCUGGACCUAAUAGAUCGCCACUCGCGGAAAUCGUGAUUCCCCAGCGGUGAUAAGCUGUUUGCCGAUCCGUGAAACCCUCGCGAGGCUGGGGAAAAUCUUUCUGGGAAGCGUGUUUUUCUUCAAGGUCGUCGGUAAUACGAUACCGAGUAAACACUACGCGUCAAGUGCAUCGACUCGCCCGCCAUAUUGACAGGAGAACACGUGAGUUCUCCCUUGCCGCUCCACUCGCCCUUCACUUGGUUUUCCAAGCACUUUAGCCGAUGUUAUCGAAGCACUCCGGUUGGAUUCCUCGGAUACACGAUUCCGAAAUGCCGCAUUAGAAGCCCUGAAACGACGUCGAACGGAAGAAUUAGAGUGAGACGUGUUUAAACUGUUGCAGACGUCUCGGAAGCUUCUUCAACUGUACCCCCUAACUGGAGAUACCGUUCUAAGAAUACCUCGAAAUUUGUGUGAUCAGCGUGCAAACGUUUCUGCUGUACAGUGUGACGUUCGAAUGUGAACUCGCACGUGUGCAGCAUCUCUAAUCGAACAAACAAACUGUAUGCAGAAGUUCGAAACCUGGAGAACAGCUAAGGGCUAUUUCGAAGUGACUUUGAGCAUCGAUGGUUCGGUGGCACGUGACGCGAAUCUUGGCCUUGAAGUAUUGCUCGUUUUAGAGCUCAAAGUUUCACGGGCACAAAAGUUUAGUGAAACUGUGCGGAGGAGUUCCGAAGCACUACACGCGAACCACCGUCUUUAUGGCCGUGCCCGUGCACCCGCCUAAGUAGAUGUAUUUUGAACACGGUGCCGAUCGAUCGAUUGAAAGUGGUCCCCGUGAUUAAUGUGUCUUGAUUCUUAGCCAUCGCGCGCAGAUGGUGACCUCCGAAAAAUUCCGUAAAAUUUAUCGUCAGUGAGUGAGAAAGUGACGGUGCAUAUUUUGUUCGCUAUUCGUCUUACCCCUCAUUUUUCCCUGGAGUUUCGUCGCGUUAUCCCGGACAUCGUUUGUUUUAUUGUUUUUCGGUUGCUGUGACAAGGUGGCGAGCUAACGGCGUGGUUUUCAGGUGACAGUGUGUAUUCGUGUGAUCGCGACUCCGGCCAGGAGUAGCCAUCGAGGUACAUGAAAGAAGGACAUGAACUACUCUCAAGGGAAGGGACGGCUUUACCCGGCCUACAGUUUAAGCGGCAGCGAGGGUGAGGAGAAUUCGCUAAACCUGCGUGGUCGGACUUCCGCCUACCCUCAAAAUAAUCACCAGACCACGCAAUCACACCUCAAUCACUACAACGUCAGUCAGCAUAAACAACGUGGCUACCAGCAGCAACAACAACAUCCGUUGUAUCAUAUGCCCAGCACUGGCGCUGGACUGAGCGACACACCGACGUCUGGCAACGCGUCCGACGAAACUCUCACCGACAGUGACCUAAUCACUGUUGCUCGUGACUCUGCUCUUCUUGUUCAUAACGGUAAGUCACGAAUGCCAGAGCUAAUAUUCAAAGAAAUUUAUCAUCGCAGGUAUUUAUCGCACUUACUUGUUACUAACAAAAAAAAAUAUUAUAUUAUUUUAUCAAUGCUACGAAUUUAAGGUGAAAAGCGGCA